CCCGUGGCCACCAACUUUUUCGCCGUGCUUGUGAUUUCCCCUUCCAUUCGUCCCUUGUUUUUCUUCUCCUCCUGUUGAACCUGACCUGGUCACACUAUCCCAACUGUGCACGCUAUCUGUGUAUCAGCAGAAGAAAAAGAGAGAAACGUUCGUUCUCGUGUCUUGUACAACAGGAGCAUGGAACUAUAGCGAAACCCUAGUCCACUCUUCCCUGCCGCCUCCAUCAGCCACUCGACGACUCUCUCUCUCAGUCUCUCAGUCUCUCAGUCUCUUAUAUCCACGAUCCGACCACCGCAGAUAGCCUCCAGCGACGAGCCACCUCCUUAAAAAAUGGUCCUCCUCCUCGACUACCUCAUCAAAUUCCUCCUCGGCUACGCCGCCCUCACAAUCUCCCUCUACAUGGCGUCCCUCGCCGUCCCCAAGGCCGGCUUCGCAGCCCGCGUCCUCGCCGCCUACAUCUCGCUCCUCGCCUGCGCCGUCUACGGCGUCCUCGCCUCCAUCCUGCUCGCCCUCGUCGGCAAGCGCCAGAUCGCGCAGUGGGCCUGCGGCCGCGCCUUCGAUUUCACCAUGCGCUACACCACCGGCGUCGAGUUCGUCAUCGACGACCCCAACAACGUCCUCGGCUCGACCCGCCCCGCCGUCUUCAUCGGCAACCACCAGACCGAGCUCGACGUGCUCAUGCUGGGCGCCAUCUUCCCCAAGUACUGCAGCGUCACGGCAAAGGCCCAGCUGAAGCGCGUGCCCUUCCUGGGCUGGUUCAUGAGCCUGAGCGGCACAAUCUUCAUCGAUCGCAAGAACAGCCAGGGCGCGCGCUCGGCCAUGGACGGCGCCGCCAACGAGAUCAAGACCAGCCGCCAGAGCGUCUACAUGUUCCCCGAGGGCACGCGCAGCUACGCCAAGGAGCCUAUGUUGCUGCCCUUCAAGAAGGGCGCUUUCCACCUCGCGGUGCAGUCUGGCGUCCCCAUCGUGCCCGUCGUCGUUGCCAACUACAGUCAUGUCCUCUACGUCAAGAACCUGGUUUUCAACUCUGGCAAGAUUCCCGUCAAAGUCCUGGCCCCAAUCCCCACCACCAACCUCACCACCGCCGAUGUCGACGAACUCACCCGCUCCACCCGCGAAGUCAUGCUCAGCGAACUCAUCAGCUUGACGGAAAAGGCUCGCGGCCAGCCAAUCGCCGUCCCGGCCACAAACGGUUCCUCCACAGGCAAGAGCACCGCCAUCGACAAAUAAAUACCAAGAAAAAGAAAAGAAGGGGGAAAAAAAAACGCCAUGUAAUCAAUGCACAGCACAGCACAUCAUAUCACUCAUAGACAUUAAGCGAGCGAGAGAGAGACAAGAGAAUAGCGUUUUAGCGAUGGCGCAGCAAAAGAAGGGUUAGAAGAAGUCAGGGACUGAGCGCGCUUAAGAAUAGAAGACAGGCAUGGCAAAGGGUUAGAAUACAACGGGCAGAUGGGAAGCAAGGUCGGUGCGGUUUAUAUGGCGAAUUCGGGACGGACAGGGAGGUUUGGGGUUUGGCAUGUGAUGUCAAUUUCGAAUUGAUACCCAUUAGAUGUAAAACCCUCAUAUACUAUAGCACAAUAUUGUAUGCAUUUAUUAUGAAUGUUAUUUUUUUCUUAUAUAUUAUAAGUAUCUUCAUUAUCAAGGACGGCAUCGUUGAGUACAAUAUUUUGGUGCCUCUUCAUCUACACG